UCCAUCGCGAUCGUGUGUUGUUCUGACCUUAAUUUUAUCACCCACAUACAUUUACUCUGUUUUUUGUGUUUAUUGUGGCUGCAAGACAACGUCACAGAGAGAAGGGAAGGAAGAGUGGGUGUUGGUGGUUGUCUUCCUCAUGGCAACCCUUUCCUCCAUCAUCUCCCUUUCUUCUCUUCCUCCUCUCCGUCGCCACCUUUCUCUUUCACCCUUUCCUCACUCUCUUUCUCUAUCAUUUUCUCGCAUAAAACCUCGUUCUCCCUUUCUCCUUAUUGCUUCUUCUGCCCAUUCUUUCGACGAUUUCACCUCCAAAUCCAAGAAAUCAGUGCUCACUGAGAUGAUACAAGAUAUAGAACCGCUGGAUGUUAGCCUCAUCCAGAAAGAUGUUCCACCAAAAACAUCUGAUGCCAUGAAAAGGAUUAUAUCUGGAAUGCUGGGCCUGCUUCCAUCUGAUCAAUUUAACGUUGUCAUUGAGGCUUUCUGGGAACCCCUCUCCAAGUUGCUGAUUUCUUCAUUGAUGACUGGGUAUACACUACGCAAUGCUGAAUAUAGGCUUUUCCUUGAGAAAAAUCUUGAAAUGUUUGAUAUAGAGAAGCCAGAGGAAGAAACUACGAAGGUGGACUUACAAGGGUUAAUGCGUGACAGUGUAAAUGUGAUUGACUUUGGUAGAAAUAGGAAUUUGUCUCCCAAAGUUGAAAAGAUCCAUGAGGAUGUUGACAUUCAAGACCUUGGUGAAAUAUCUGCAGAAGCUCAGCAAUAUAUUUUCGAUUUGCAAUCUCGUUUGUCUUCCAUGAAAAAGGAGCUACAUAAAGUAAAGAGGAAAAGUGCUGCUCUUCAAAUGCAACAAUUUGGGAGAGAGGAAAAGAAUGAUUUGUUGGAUUACUUGAGAUCUCUUAAAACUGAACAGGUAGCUCAGCUUUCAGAAUUUUCAUCCCCUGAGUUGAAGGAAAUCAUGUUCUCUGUUGUCCAUGGUCUUCUUGCUACCCUUUCUCCUAAAAUGCAUUCUAAACCUUCCACCAUGUCAGAAGUUGGGCCAAAAAGUGAGGAUCGUGCUGAGGUUGUUGAGAACUCUGCUCUUCAUUUUCAGCCUGUUAUUUCCUUGACUCGGGACUAUCUUGCCCGCCUGCUGUUUUGGGGCAUGCUGCUGGGACACUAUCUUAGAGGCCUGGAGUGUAGAAUGGAUUUAAUGGAUUUGCUUUCCUUGACAAGUGAAGCUGAGAAUGAUGCCCCUGGAAGUCAACCAAUUCCUUGAAUGAAGUUCGAAAUUCAGUGGUUCGAUCUGUAUAUAGAUGUGUGUUUCCAACAAGAAUUUUUCUUUCAACACCAGGAGAUUAUGAUACAGACUCUACUACUGAUCACAUCUGCUAAGGAGUUAUCUAUGCUUACUGUACAACGUUGCAUUCUGGCACUUACCGAAUCUCAGUCUCUUUUAGUGUCAGACCAACAGUAGAAUCGAAGAGGUUUGACAUUUGUUUUGGCCGGGUGACAUGUUAUAGAACAUGGAAAUGCUGUUACGCAGUACCAAUUUAUUUGUUAGGUGAUCUAGAUUGUAUAUUUCUACUUGUCGCAUAUUUAAGUCUUUGUCCGGUUAAUAAAGACAUUGCUAAGAUCAAAUGUUAAAAUUGUUUAAAAUUUUCUGCAAUUAUUAUUUUAGUGAGAAAAAUUAAUUCA